AUGCAGAGCCAGGUACCCCAUGUCGACGAGUCUGAGGUCCCCGGAACAGUCCUCCUCGUAGACGUCAACCACAACACCGAAACAUGCCAUGCCUCGAGUCAGGACGACAUCAUCCUCAUCCCGACACCGUCAACAGAUGUCAAUGACCCUUUGAACUGGUCGCCCCGGCGAAAGCGUCAGCAUCUCAUCUGCCUGAUUGCCUACACGUUGUUCAAUGGCAUGGCCUUAUCCGUUGUGUAUUCACUAUUAGUGCCGCUGUCCACAGCUCUACAUGUUAGCGUCGGCGACCUCAAUGAAGGAACGGGCUACAUGUUCUUGCUAUGCGGCUGGGGCCUGCUCUUCUGGCAGCCAUUUGCUCUCCAGUAUGGCAAACGGCUGACAUACUUGCUCUCUAUGCUAGGCAUCGUGGCCGUCUCCGUCUGGAGCCCAUUCGCUCAAGGCCAUGGCCAAUGGAUCGCCCGCAACAUCGUUGCCGGUUUCGUCGCCGCACCAAUCGAAGCCUUGCCAGAAACAUCCAUCACUGACAUUUAUUUUGCCCAUGAGCGAGGCACCUACAUGGGAUGGUAUGCGUGGAUUCUGGCUACUUCGAAUUACUUCGCACCCGUCAUCUGCGGCUUCAUUAAUGAUAGCAUGGGUUACAAAUGGCCUUUUUACUUCAUGGCUAUAUUCAGCGCGGCCUGCUUUGUGUUUCUCUUCUUUUUCCUUGAGGAGACCAAUUAUGAUCGCCCAUUGGUAGGGAUUAUUCCCGCCGCUGAAAGCCAUGGUGCAGCGGCUCUUCCCACAGAUAACGACAACACUGUCAUGCUCCAGGGCGAAGAAAAGAGCUAUUUGCAGAAACUUUCUUUGCUUGACAAGCCGCGGCCGUUUCUGAUGCACAGACGCGCCUGGCAGAUCCUCAGGCUGAUCGCGUGGCCUGUCGUCUUCUACUCGGGCUUCUCGUACGGCACGUAUCUCAUCUGGUUCAAUAUACUAAACGCAACUUCGUCCAUCGUUCUCGGCGGUGCGCCAUACAACUUUAAGCCGAGUAUCGUUGGCCUGAGCUAUCUGGCUUGUGUCGUGGGUGUCGUUCUUGGAUCUGCUUACAGCGGCAUCAUCUCCGACUGGUUCAUCAUCAAGCUUGCGCGACGCAAUCGCGGCAUAUUCGAGCCUGAGCAGCGCCUUUGGCUCUUUGCAUUGACAACAAUACUUGUGCCGGCUUGCCAGAUCCUCUGGGGCGUCGGGGCGGCUCAUCAUGUCCAUUGGUUCGGCCUCAUUGUGGCUAUGUGCGUUCUUGCGGCCUGCAGCACAGCUGGCAUCACGUUGUCGAUUGCAUACCUCGUUGAUUCAUAUCGAGAGGUAUCAGCAGAUGGCCUGGCGUCGUGCAUCAUUAUUCGCAACACGAUGAGCUUUGCCAUCAACUAUGGCAUCACGCCUUGGCUGGACGGCCUGGGACUGCAGAACUGCUUCAUCAGCGUGGCUUUCGUUGCUCUGGCCGUCUGCGCUACCUUUUUGCCAGUUAUAUGGUUCGGUAAAGGGCUUCGCAAUCUUAAACGCGAGAGCUAUUGGAGGGAGGCCAAGCUUAGAUCAGAGUAG